AUGGAAAAUAUUUGUAAGAAAGAAGAAAAGAAAAGGAAGGAGAAGGAAUUAUUAAACAAAAAAAAUCUGCAAUCAGUUAUGCAUUCAGUACUGCAUGAGCUAACGAAUGAAGAAUUACGAAUGAUCGAUGAUUUACGAACAGUUAUACCAGCACUUCAAACUGUUAAUGAUGGCUAUAUUGCAAGGUGGUUACGUUCACGUGACGGACGUUUCGAUGAAACCGCUGAUGCAUUGAAGAAACAUGUGGUAUUUCGAAAAGCGUGGGAUCUCGAUAAUUUACCAAAUUGGAAAGCACCCGAAAUUCUAGAAAAAUACUGUGGUUAUGGAUUCUUAUCAGAUAAAGAUGGUUUUCCAAUACUUAUGUCUUUAUUGGGUAACAUGGAUGUUGAAGGAAUGUUGAAAUCAGUGCAAUCCAGUGAUUAUAUCAAAUAUUCUCUCGCUGCAAUUGAACGGGGUAUACGACUAUGCAGCGAUAAAUCCAAAGAGAUCAACUCAGCCGAUCGAUCGAUCGAUCAAUCAAUUAAUCAGUCGAUCAAUCAAUCAGUUAGUCAAAUAUUAUCCUAA